UUAGCCGUUGUUGUAUCCCCUGCUACUGAACAGAUUUGUCGCGAUACAAACUAGCUACACACUGGCAUUAAAGCCACGAAAAGAUGCUCCUUCACCGGAUUAAAACAAUGAAAAAAACACCUAGAAGUCUGGAAAAACUUUGCCCAACAGUGCCCAAACUUUGGUAGACUACAACCAAAACCACUUCCCUACAGUUUCGAGUGUGUUAGCAUUGUUUUAUCUCACCACUAUUGCAAUUGGACGCGUUUUUUUGCCCCAUCUGGACCAGUCCAGUCUGAUGAAUUCACCGAAAAAAGACGGAGAUGAUGAUGUGCCCGUUAAAGACCCGGUAAAAUACGGCGAAUUGGUCAUUUUGGGCUACAAUGGCUCCCUUCCAAACGGAGACCGUGGGCGCAGAAAGAGCCGCUUUGCUCUGUACCGAAGGGCCAAGGCCAACGGUGUCAAGCCCAGUGCUGUGCACAUCCUCAAUACACCACAGGACAGCAAGGCGGUGCACAGCAGGGGGCAGCACAGCAUCUCUUUCACCCUCUCCCGAAACCAGACCGUGGUGGUGGAGUACUGCCAUGACAACAACACAGACAUGUUCCAGAUUGGACGCUCCACAGAGAGUCCUAUUGACUUUGUGGUAACAGACACCUCUGGAGGAAAGGAAGGCGAAGAUCCUUCCAUUGCUCCCAGCACCAUUUCCCGUUUUGCCUGCAGAAUAGUGUGCGAGCGCAACCCGCCUUACACUGCACGCAUCUAUGCUGCAGGCUUUGACUCCUCCAAAAAUAUUUUCUUAGGGGAGAAAGCAACCAAAUGGAAAAAUCCUGAUGGGCAUAUGGAUGGCCUCACCACUAAUGGGGUGCUAGUGAUGCACCCACAGGGCUUCCCAGAGGAUCCCAAGCAAGGCCUGUGGAGGGAGAUCUCCGUCUGUGGGGAUGUUUAUGCGCUGCGGGAGACACGGUCUGGACCCAGCAGGGGGACGCUGGCGGAGGGGGAGAGCAGCGCGCUACGUGACGGGUCGCUCGUCGAUCUCUGUGGUGCUACUCUACUGUGGCGCACCGGUGAGGGGCUCAUGCGUUCUCCCACUCUGCGUCACCUGGAGGCGCUUCGUCAGGAGCUUAACGCAUCCCGGCCCCAGUGUCCCGUCGGCCUCAGCACACUGGCGUUCCCCAGCCUUCCACGCAGUCAUAGCCUUGAAGAGCGUCAACCCUGGGUCUACCUCGCCUGUGGCCACGUCCACGGACGCCACGAUUGGGGCCAGAGAUCGGAGAGAGAGGAAGAUCCAGGAGAGGGUGAAGGCUCCACCACCCGGCGAGAAUGUCCCCUGUGCAGGAGCGUGGGUCCCUACGUGCCGCUGUGGCUGGGCUCUGAGCCUGCGGUGUACGUGGAUGCCGGAUCCCCCACUCACGGUUUUGUGCCAUGUGGCCACGUCUGCUCAGAGAGGACAGCCAAGUAUUGGGCUGAGACUCCUCUGCCCCAUGGGACGCAUGCCUUCAGACCCGUCUGCCCCUUCUGCUCCAGUGCCCUGAGCUCCCCCGGCUGGACACGGCUCAUCUUCCAGGGCCCCAUCGACUAAUCACCACUCUUCAGCAACAACCACAACAGCAGGAAGCUACCUGAGCUGCGUUCAUGCGUUCAAAUGUUGAUCAGUUUGAUAAGCGUGUGUGUUUCGUACAAUAACACUCUCUGUUACUGAAUGUAGCUCAGUGCUGACAAAUCCUUCCCUUUGUUUAUCCUUUAGGGCUUGCUGAUUAGUGUAAGAUCAAGAAAAUAGGACAGAAUUAUCAGUGCUGUCAAUUCAAAGUGUUUUCUAAAUUUUAAACUGUUUCCCGCCCCCCUUGU